UAAAGUUAUUAUAUUAAAGUAGUUAGUGGUGUCUAUGACUCCAAAUUGGCAAAUGUGAAUAAUUGUUGAUGAUUAUUUGUAUUCAAUUUUGUCAUCAUCUUUUGAUAAUCUAAUGUGAUAGAAUUUCUCUCUUAAGUUCUUAGAUAUUUCAAAACCUGCUUUGCAUCUGGCAGCAGUUGCACUGUUGCAAUUCAGUAAUUUUUAUGUAAUAAAGUAUAUUAGAAAGUUAUCUUCAGAUGGAUUCUUCAGAUCUUCCAGACUCCAUAAACUAUGAUUUGAUUGAAGAAGGUCUUUAUCUAGGUAAUUUGAGCACUGCUGCAAGCCCUGCAACCCUCAGCAAGCUCCAUAUUACGCAUGUGCUGACAGUGGCGUCCGAGUCCCUGCCACUCUCGCUAACUCAGAAGAUGCCAUACAUCAUUUUCCACUAUAUACAAGUUGAUGACAUUCCUGGCUCUGACCUGCUCUCCCACUUUGAAUCUUCCUGUAAUUUUAUUGCUGAGGGUCAAGCCAUGGGAGCUGUCUUGGUUCACUGUUACUUUGGAGUAUCUCGGAGUGCCACGCUGGUGGCAGCUCAUUUGAUGAGGAAGCACAAGCUGAACUGGCAUCAGGCCCUUGACAGGAUUCGCAGCAGACGAAGAUGUGUGGGUCCCAAUGUAGGUUUUCUGCAUCAACUUGAUCUGUUCCACGCCCUGCAGUGGAAGCUUGAUGCUCACAGCAAACUUUCCCCUCUGUUCAGACUUUACAAGCACAAGAUGCUCUGCACCAGAAUCAGAACUGAACCUCAUCGGCUGAAGGAGUUUCUUACAAGUUAUCUGGAACUCUUCCAGGAUGACUCGCAUGUCAACAGAAAUCCUGGCCUGUCCUGCAGGUCAUGUAGAGCUGUGUUGUGCAGCAGAGCUUGCAACGUUCAACAUUGCCACGGCUGCUGGCCUGCUCUGGAAAAUGGCCACAGUAACAAGGUGUGUGAAAGAAGCUUCUACAUGACAGCUCAGCCGUGGAUGCUCUCUAGCGCCUACACAUCCAAGAUGGCGGGCAACCUCAAGUGUCCCAAGUGCAGUAAGGAAAUCGGACGAUUUCACUGGCUAAGAGACUUGCCGUGUGCCUGCCGGGAGGUGGUGCCGUGCGUGGCAUGUGUGGCUGACGGAGAAGUUGACGCCGGUCACAUCUCCCUGGACGCUGGCUCUGUCAGCUCAUGCUGACUGCCAGCGGGACUGUCAGCUCCCGCUGACUUCCUGACUUCAUCGUAGAGACGUUCAUAGCAUAGUUGGCUUCAUGCGCUAGCAUAAUUUGAUAUUUUAAUAAUCGCACUGUGACGAUAACAACACUAGCUCCAUCUUAACGUAUCUCAUGAUGGUAUUUCUGAUUAUUAAAAUCAUCACUUAGGCAUUUUUUGGAGCGGUAUGGUACUAAAAAAUCUUACUGCGUGUUUUAGAUCCUUAAAGCUCCAGUAGAUCCAUUAUUAUUUAAAAUUUGUACUUUAGUCGAAUAUUUCGCGCGAGUUUUACUGGUUCUAAAGGGUGAAUUUUCAUGAAAAGUAUUCACAAACGGACACGAUUAGAAAUAACACACGAGACGACUUUGUUUUUUUUCUUUCAUUGUGAUUUUCUACUUUAAUUACUUUGCUUUGACCAAAUUUGCAAGUUCAUGAAUAGCAUCUCAACGCUGCUUGCGUAUUAGAAACUUUUUUAUUGAUGUUAUUUUACCAAGCCUGUCUGUGAUUUAUAUGAUCUCUUUUAAUCUUUCUCUUAGAUGUUCUUAUCUGUCGAUCACUUUACCUUGAAUAUUAUUGUUGUACUUUGAUUUUGGUAUACGAGAUGACGUUAUGUCUGAUUCUUAAACUGCAAUUAAAUCGUGUCUUAUGUUCUCCUGCAUGUCCAUGCAAUCAGGCGUCUUAUGUUCUCCAAUAUCUGCAAGUAAACAGGGCGCAAAUGAAAAAUGUCUUAUUUUCAAAUUGAUUGUGAAUGUAUCUCCUCUUGGAUACCGGAAUUUUAAAUUCACGACCAGAAGAUUUCACAUUGUUGAUUACCAUCAAGAACAACUCAUAUUUUCAUGGCGUAAAAUGAUCGUUGAAUCCCACUAAACUAGCGUCUGCUGCCCCUGCUUGCUGUUAGGGUGGGUGCAGUUGGACGGGUUAAUGCAUUUAUUAUUUCUUUUGUGGGAGGCAAGCAACCUCUUGCAGUGGCUACUUUGCUAUUGUGAUUCAUUCAUCAUUGAAUAAAUAAUAAACUUGUCAUGUAUCAGCUAGACUUGGUAUGUAUCAAAUAAAACCGUCUCGCCUU